AUGAAGUUCACAACUAUUUUUGGACUUACCUUGACCCUCCUCACUACCUCCAUAUCCGCUCAUCCUUUCUUUGAAACCUGGUCGGACAGCGUGACCAUCCAACUCUCGAACGACUGGUCUGGUGCCCACGCCGAAGCUAAAAUUUCAGCCGAUGGCAAAAAACACUCAAUCAAGUCUCUCUUUGACGGCUCAGCCCUCCAAAGCGAGGACGGCAAUAUUCUUGCAACAAGCGCACAGCUCACCAAGUUCGAUAAAAAUACAGUAUGCCGAAUCGUUGAGCCAACAACACCUGUACGCACCACAUUAACUGCAAGCGAUACUUGGGCAUUCUUAGAUAGAGGCGCCUGGGUGAAUUUGGAUCGCGGAUCCUUGUGGUGCUUUGAGUCUUAA